UUUUUCGUGAAUAUUUUUUUUUUCUUUUCUUUGUAGUGUAUGACGGUAGGCAGGGAGGCGAAUCUGCAGUGCGUGGUGCUGGGAAGGUAGUGAGUUUACACGGUUAGGGCCGCUGUUCCCUGAGGAGACUUCAUUGUUUUCCCGCGGCUCGGAACGAGGGCCCCGGGCACAGCACUGGCCCCUGGCUGCCUGGAUAACGUGUAGGAGGCCUGGGAGAGACAAGCUGGUGCCUGGUGAGCCCUUCCGCGGGAGCAGCCACACCCCAAAACCGGGAGCCCAGGCUUGGGGCCUGUUCAUCCGCUCCCAGCAGCCCUGUGCGGGGGUAGAGCUUCUGUCUGUCCCCGGGUACUACGGCUGCACUGACCCAGCCUAGAGAUGAAUCACUGCGGGCACAGACGGAUGUAACAUAAUGGGUGUGGACUUUGAUGUCAAGACAUUUUGCCACAACUUGAGGGCCACUAAACCUCCUUAUGAAUGUCCAGUAGAAACCUGCAGAAGGAUCUAUAAAAGCUACAGUGGAAUAGAAUACCACCUUUACCAUUAUGACCAUGACAACCCACCACUCCAGCAACAUACUCCCAUCAGAAAAUCCAAAAAGAAGGGGCGGCAGCCUCGCUCCGCCAACAAACAAUCGCCUACUCACUCUGAGUUAUCGCAGUCACCCCCCCGAGAGGUGAUGACAUAUGCCCAGGCCCAACGGUUAGUUGAAGUUGAGCUGCAUGGAAGGGUUCACCGGAUAAGUAUCUUGGACAAUCUGGAUGUAGUUUCAGAAGAUGAUGACGUUCCUGAGGAGGCCCCCGAGAAUGGGAGCAAUAAAGAGAACAAUGAGACUCCCACAGCAACGCCUAAAUCUGGAAAACAUAAGAACAAGGAAAAGAGAAAAGACUCGAACCAUCACCAUCACCACAGCUCUACCACUGGUGCUACGCCAAAACUUCCUGAGGUAAUCUACCGGGAGCUGGACCAGGACACACCAGAUGCUCCUGCUCGUCCUUCUUCUUAUUACAGGUACAUUGAGAAGUCUGCAGAAGAGAUGGAUGAAGAAGUUGAAUACGAUAUGGACGAGGAGGAUUACAUCUGGCUCGACAUAAUGAAUGAACGGCGAAAGACUGAAAGCGUCAACUCCAUCCCACAGGAGAUCUUUGAGUACCUAAUGGACCGACUGGAAAAGGAGUCAUACUUUGAGAGCCACAACAAAGGGGACCCAAACGCAUUAAUAGAUGAGGAUGCAGUGUGCUGUAUCUGCAAUGAUGGGGAAUGUCAGAACAGCAAUGUUAUAUUGUUUUGUGACAUGUGUAACCUUGCUGUGCACCAGGAGUGCUAUGGGGUGCCUUACAUCCCUGAGGGACAGUGGCUUUGCAGGAGGUGUCUCCAGUCACCUUCCAGAGCGGUAGAUUGCGCACUGUGCCCAAACAAAGGAGGCGCAUUUAAGCAGACGGAUGAUGGCCGCUGGGCCCAUGUGGUCUGCGCUCUCUGGAUCCCUGAGGUUUGUUUUGCUAACACAGUCUUCUUAGAACCUAUAGACAGCAUUGAACAUAUUCCACCAGCACGCUGGAAGCUUACAUGCUAUAUCUGCAAACAGCGUGGCUCGGGAGCUUGUAUACAGUGUCACAAAGCAAACUGUUACACAGCAUUUCAUGUUACUUGUGCUCAGCAGGCUGGACUUUACAUGAAAAUGGAACCUGUGCGGGAAACAGGAGCCAACGGCACUUCCUUCAGUGUACGCAAAACAGCCUACUGUGAUAUCCACACACCCCCUGGUUCUGUAUGUAAACUCCCUGCCCUCUCCCAUAGUGAAGGAGAGGAUGAAGAUGAUGAAGACGAUGAUGAGGGAAAAGUUUGGAGUUCGGAAAAAGUGAAGAAGGCAAAAGCAAAGUCAAGGAUUAAAAUGAAAAAAGCUCGGAAAAUCCUUGCAGAAAAAAGAGCUGCUGCCCCAGUUGUUUCAGUUCCUUGCAUUCCCCCACACAGACUCAGUAAGAUCACCAAUUGCCUAACCAUACAGCGGAAGAGCCAGUUCAUGCAGAGGUUGCACAGCUACUGGACAUUAAAAAGACAAUCCCGCAACGGUGUGCCCUUGUUGCGCCGAUUACAGACGCAUUUACAGUCUCAAAGGAACUGUGAACAGGAGAUGAAGUGGAGAAUACCUAAAUCUGAUGAUCUCUCUGUCCACCCGGGGGCAGUGUCUAAAUCAAACGAUGAGAAGGGGGACCAGACAAUGAAGAAAGACUCCACGGAUAAAAACUGGAUGCUGAAAGAACAAUUAAAAUCUUGGCAGCGGCUCCGGCAUGACCUGGAGCGGGCGCGCCUUUUGGUAGAAUUAAUACGCAAGCGAGAGAAGUUUAAAAGAGAAACGAUAAAAAUCCAGCAGUUGGCUCUUGAGGUCCAACUAACUCCAUUUCUUAUUCUCUUGAGAAAGACUCUAGAGUUAUUACAGGAAAAAGAUACCAGCAAUAUAUUUACUGAACCGAUCAAUAUGUCUGAGGUAACAGAACUGUACGAAGUACCUGACUACUUAGAACAUAUCAAGAAGCCAAUGGAUUUUAAGACAAUGAAAGCUAACUUGGAAGCGUUCCGCUACAAAAACUUUGAUCAGUUCGAGGAUGACUUCAACCUAAUAGUCAAUAACUGCAUCAAGUAUAACUCUAAAGACACCAUCUUUUACCGGGCGGCUGUCCGGCUGCGAGAACAGGGAGCGGCUGUCAUCAGACAGGCUCGUCGGCAGGCAGAAAAAAUUGGUAUAGACUUUGAGACUGGAAUGCACUUACCCCAGGUCGGCAUGGGAAAUGAGAUUGUACGUCAAGGCAAAGAGGCUGAUAUUGAACGCACACCUCCCUCCGACAACCGCAAACCUCUCCCUCUAGAAGAGCAGCUUAAAGUUCAGCUUGCGCGGCUGGACGAGGUCAAUGCGGGCAAGCAGAGCAUAGGAAGAGUGCGCCGGGCCAAGAUGAUCCGCAAGGAGAUAACUUCCAUCCGCCGCAAGAUGUCCCAACAACAAGAUUCCAGAAGGGACGGAGCCACGGAACGGCACAGCGUGGCUGGAAGAGGUAGCUUGCCUAUGCGUGGCGCUUCUGAGAAAGAUGGACAGACGGACAGUGCUGCAGAAGAGAGCAGCAGUCAGGAGACGGGGAAAGGACUUGGCCCAAACACUUCUUCCACCCCUGCACAUGAAGUUGGUAGAAGGACGUCUGUCCUUUUCUCAAAGAAGAAUCCCAAAACUGCAGGACCUCCAAAGAGACCAGGGAGGCCUCCUAAGAACAGGGAUAACCAAAUGGCAUCAGGGAAAAUCAGCAGUCCAAUCGGACCCCCUCAACUCUCUAUAAUGGGUGGGUCUCAGAGGCAGCGUAAAAGAGUCAGAAGUCCCCGUCCUACAUCUAGCUCGGACAGCGAGAGUGACAGUGACAAGUCAGCAGAAGAUGCAUCUCUAGAUUUACCCACAAAUGGCUUCAGCAACCAGCAGGUGAAGAAAAGUUUUUUAAUCUACCGCACUGACUGUAAUCUUCCCCGCAGCAGCUCUGAUUCGGAAUCCAGCACGACCAGUAGCAGCAGUGCCGCCUCUGACAGAACCAGCACAACUCCCUCUAAGCAAGGACGGGGAAAGCCAUCAUUCUCUAGAGAAAAUUACCAUGACUAUAGCAGUGAGGACACAUCAGGCACUGAAAACGAAUCCUAUUCCUUAGGAAGCCGAGUAGGACAUGGCUUGGUACGCAAAGGAAUGGAGGGACGAGGGGCGGGGUGGCUGUCCGAAGAUGAAGACUCUACUCUAGAAGCCUUAGACUUGGUGUGGGCCAAGUGUCGGGGAUACCCCUCCUAUCCAGCUCUGAUUAUCGACCCAAAGAUGCCCCGAGAAGGAGUGUUUCACCACGGCGUUCCAAUUCCUGUACCACCCGUAGAUGUACUCAAGUUAGGAGAGCAGAUGACGCAAGAAGCACAAGAACAUCUCUACCUCGUCCUGUUUUUUGAUAAUAAGCGGACGUGGCAGUGGCUUCCUAGAACAAAGCUGGUUCCUCUGGGGGUGAAUCGUGAGCUUGAUAAGGAAAAAAUGCUGGAAGGGCGGAAGUCGAACAUUCGUAAAUCUGUGCAGAUUGCCUACGACCGAGCCAUGCAGCAUCGCAAUAAGGUUCAGGGAGCACCGAGCAGUGAUACCAGUGAAAGCGAUUAGCCACUUCCCUAUUCCUGGGUGGCAUAUUCUUGUGUCUUACAGACUGCCUGUUUUCUAUUUUGCUGCUAUUGCAAUGAGCAAGAAAAAAUAAUAAUUAUGGUAACAUGAAUUACAGAUGUUACUUUAAUGUUCAUAGCCUUUUAAUUGAGGAACAAGAUACAUGGAACAUAAUGGAGGGGCCCAAGCACAGAUCAGGCCAACAAAAAAAAAUCCUGACAAUGUAGACAUAUUAGAAGCCCUUUCUGACUCUGGUUUUAAUACUAGUAAAUAAGUGCGUUCCUCAGUGGAGGUGGACUGUGGUUGCUGGACGACCAUCAGAAAACAUGCCAUCUACUGCAUGUCUAUGAACUCCUAUGUUGACUUUUCAAAGCCUUCAGACAUUUGUGAUCAUGGACGUUUUAAAUCUACUUUUUUCUGCUUUUUGUCUGAGUGGAAGAUGAUCUGGCCCCUGAGAUGCCUCAUUUCUUAUCAUUGGUCUUUAAGAGCAGCCACAGGCUGCCCACAUCUGCCAGAAUGGAGGAAGGAGGAAGAAUGAAUGUGGGGCUGGGGAAGCUUAGUACUCAAUACAACGUCUGUGUUUCCAAUAAAGUGAGUGAAUGGCACUGUGUGCAGUUUCCCUGCAGUCCUAAAAAAAAAAAAAAAAAAAAAAAAAUUAUGGUGGAAAACUUUUGAAUACUCAUACAUGGUUAUUUCAAGAGUAUGAAACGUUAUGUGCCAUAUAUGUUCAUUUACAUAUCCUGUAGGUUUAUAUUUGAUAGGCUGUUUCCACAUACCACUGGUCCUAAACAUUGUGCACAUACCCAUUGCUAAGCAUCAACUAUCUGAACAUCAGAUACAUGUAUCAAUCUGUUCAGUGCUUUCUAUAGUUUUGAUGAAUCAGCCAUCUUAUCUAGGAUGGACCCUGUAAAGAAGGGCAUCUACAAGUGCCAGUCAUGGCUGUUAAUCUGUGUUAAAGACAGGUCAUUGCCAGUUUAAAACUUCCCUCUGCACAUACAUUUACAUGCACAGAUUUUUUUUUUCUGCCCUCAUAGAAAAAACAGCACCACACCUGUCCAUGGGUUAUGUCUGGUAUAACAGCUUGACUGAAAUCAGGGCUCCACAGCAAAUUAUGAUCACAAUAAAAUGGGGGGACCUUAUUAUUUUAUUAUACUUAUUUUCUAAGGGUAUGUUCACAUGAGCAUUAAAGGGGCUCUCCACUGCUUUAAUCUUCUUUGGCCAGUUAGUUAGUAGUGCGGCUGUAUGUCAUUAAUGCUUUCUUUCCU